UUGGCGAGACGCGAGCGGGCGGGGGUAGGUGUGUGUGAGAUUGACCCAACCCAACCCACUUCUCUUCCUCCUUCCUCCUUCCUCCUUCCUCCCCCUUUAGCCUUUAGCCCUUUCCUUUCUCAAAUAUAUAUAAACCCUUCUCACCCCUCUUCUUUUCUCUCAGCUUGACGUUCCCUUCUCAGAGAACACCAAGCCUUCUUCUCUUCCUCUUUUUUCCUUUUUCAUUUUCAUCGGAAUCCCACUUCAUCACAUCACAGUCGAGAUUUCUCCCCAAAGCUUGUCAAAUGAUGCAGGCAAUCUCACCUUCUCCAAAUCCAACCACCCUUAAAUCUUUGCUUAGGUCCAAAGGCUUCAGCCACCACCAGCGGACCUCGCCGGCGCGCGUCGUCGUCCAAUGUAUCCACCGCCUCGACUCGUCCAACUUCUCAGGCGGCGUCGGCUCCAACCGACACGAUUGGCAGAGUUCCUGCGCCAUCCUUGCUAGCAAGGUCGUUAACCAAAAACAGGAGACGGAGAAGAGUGGCAACGCUGACUUAGCUGCCGUUAAUGGUCACAAAACGCUAGAUCUUGUCCCCAUCGAGAAUCUCCCUAAGCCUUUGACCAUCACCGAUCUCUCUCCCGCUCCGAUGCACGGCUCCCAGCUUCGCGUCGCUUACCAGGGAGUUCCCGGUGCUUACAGCGAGGCCGCUGCCGGUAAAGCCUACCCGAACUGCGAAGCCAUCCCUUGUGACCAGUUCGAAGUAGCCUUUCAAGCGGUGGAGCUCUGGAUCGCCGAUCGGGCCGUGUUGCCCGUAGAGAAUUCGCUGGGAGGUAGCAUUCACCGGAAUUAUGAUUUACUCCUCCGUCACCGCCUCCACAUCGUGGGAGAAGUUCAGCUCCCCGUCCACCACUGCCUACUCGCCUUGCCCGGAGUGAGAAAGGAGUACCUGACUCGGGUCAUUAGUCACCCGCAAGCCCUGGCUCAGUGCGAAUUGACUCUGACCAAACUCGGCCUCAACGUUGCUCGCGAGGCGGUUGACGACACGGCCGGGGCGGCGGAAUUCGUGGCGGCAAACAACCUGCGGGACACGGCGGCGAUUGCGAGCGCUAGGGCGGCGGAGCUGUAUGGGCUACAGAUACUGGCGGACGGAAUACAGGACGACUCGAGCAACGUGACCCGGUUCGUGAUGCUGGCCCGAGAGCCGAUCAUACCACGGACGGACCGGCCAUUCAAGACAAGCAUAGUGUUCGCACACGACAAGGGGACGUCCACGUUGUUCAAGGUGUUGUCGGCGUUCGCGUUCAGGAACAUAAGCCUGACGAAGAUCGAGAGCCGACCACACCGGAACCGGCCGAUCAGACUGGUGGACGACGCGAAUGUAGGGACGGCAAAGCACUUUGAGUACAUGUUCUACGUCGAUUUCGAGGCGUCCAUGGCGGAGGUCAGGGCACAGAACGCGCUUGCCGAAGUGCAAGAGUUCACGUCGUUCCUGCGGGUUCUAGGAAGCUAUCCCAUGGACAUGACUCCUUGGUCCCCUUCUCGUGCUGAUGAUCUAUGAACAUCCAAACAACUCCUAAAAAAGACGCCAUAUCAUGCAUCUUUUUUUUUUCGGUAUAUUUUUUUUUAAUUUUAGAUUCAAGAUCGACUGAUCCCAUCUGAAGGGAUCAGAAAAAAAGAGGAGAUUUGUUUGGGGGUAUAUAUUUGUGAUGUGGGUUGCGGUUGUUGUGAUCAAAUGUAAGAUGUGAAUACUGUCUCCCGAUCUUAUUUUUCUUCCUUUUUUUAAUCAUUGAUAUAAUUAGUAUAUAGUGUUUAUUUCUUUGA